AGAAAAAAAACAAGAAUAUUUCAUGGCUGUGAUUGUUUUCGAACAAGUCCAAUAAAUAACCCCACAGCCCAGCAACACUUGUGGCGGAGUGAUGGACGUGUCCAACACAAAGCCUCAGACCUCGGUGACUUCCGGAGGCGUUUGAUUCGUUGCGGAUGACAUCAGCUGAGGAGUGAGUGUGCGAAAAAAAAAAGAAGAAGAAGAAAAAAAAAAAAAAAAAAAGCCCCGGCGCCCUCUUCUCUCCCCGGCUACCGAAUAUGACACAAUGUCUGCUGGUAUAAAAAGCCAGGGCCACUCCUAUCAGCGCUCCACUUGUAUGUCUGGAGACCAGUGAGAGGGAGGAGGCUGCUGCUGCUGCUGCUGCUGCUGCUGGAUCCUGCUGGUGUGUACGGGAGAUACGAGACACAGACGGAGGGAGCGAGAGAGAGAGAGAGACAGAGGACAGGAUGGCCACCCUGGUAGAAUCCGCAGAAAUGGAGACUUUAGGCGGUCAGAGCAACACCGGGGCGUCCCCGACCUCCUCCGGCCCCUCGCAGCACUUUAACGACGGCAAAUUCUACCUGCUGGUGGUCAUCGGGGAGAUCGUCACGGAGGAUCACCUGAAGUGUGCCAUUGCGGACAUAGAGAGAGGGAUCCGCUCGUGGGACACAAACCUCAUCGACUGCAACCUGGACCAGGAGCUGAAGCUGUUUGUCUCCAGACACUCGGCUCGUUUCUCCUCCGACGUCAGAGGGCAGAGGAUUCUUCACCACAAAAGUAAUGUCCUGGAGACGGUGGUGCUUAUCAACCCUUCAGAUGACGCAGUCAGCACCGAGGUUCGUUUGAUGAUCUCAGACACGGCCAGACACAAGCUUCUGGUUCUCUCAGGGCAGUGCUCUGAAAACACUGGGGAGCUGAUUCUCCAGUCCGGAUCUUUCUCUUUCUUCAACUUCAUUGACAUAUUCACCGACCAGGAGAUUGGUGAAUUGCUCAGCACCAUUCACCCAGCAAACAAAGCCAACAUUACACUGUCCUGCCCCGAACAAGGCGACUGGAAAAACUCCAACUUGGACAAACACAACCUGCAGGACUUCAUUAACAUGAAACUAAACUCCACUCUUAUUCUCCCUGAGAUGGAGGGCCUCUCAGAGUUCACAGAGUAUUUAUCUGAAUCAGUAGAGAUCCCAUCUCCGUUUGACAUGUUAGAACCACCAACCUCUGGUGGAUUCCUCAAGCUCUCCAAACCAUGCUGUUACAUCUUUCCUGCUGGUUGUGGUGACUCAGCUCUCUUUGCUGUCAAUGGCUUCAACAUGCUGAUUAACGGUGGCUCGGACAGAAAGUCAUGUUUCUGGAAGCUGGUGAGGCAUCUGGACAGGGUGGACUCCAUCCUCCUGACCCACAUUGGUGACGAUAACCUGCCAGGCAUCAAUAGCAUGCUGCAGAGGAAAGUUUCAGAGCUUGAGGAAGAACAGUCGCAGGGUUCGACAGCUAACAGUGACUGGGUGAAAAACAUGAUUUCGCCAGAUAUUGGUGUUGUGUUUGUGAACCUUCCUGAAAACCUGGAUAACCCUGAACCUAAUUACAGAGUGCGGAGGAUUAUUGAGGAGGCAGCGUUCACUCAGCAGUUCCUCACCAAGCUAAAUUUGAGGAUAGAACCUUUGCAUAAGCCUGUUGGAAACACCAUAGAGCCGCUCACACUUUUUCAGAAAAUGGGCGUUGGGAAGCUUGAGAUGUAUGUGCUUAAUCCAUCCAAGAACAGCAAGGAGAUGCAGCACUUCAUGAAGCAGUGGACAGGUAGUGAAAAAGACACCGCUUCCAUCCUGCUGCCAAAUGGAAAAGAGUCUGAGUUCCCUGUCUCUUACUUGACCUCUAUUUCUUCCCUGAUUGUGUGGCACCCUGCAAAUCCCUCAGAUAAGGUUGUGCGUGUCCUGUUUCCUGGAAAUGCCACCCAGAAUCACAUCUUCGAAGGUUUAGAAAAACUAAAGCACCUGGACUUCCUGAAACAGCCAGUUGUCACUCAAAAAGCGAUGUCCUCCUCUAUGCCGUCAACACCAACACUAAAGCAAGCCAAGAUGAAACACAGAACAGACAGCAAAGAGAGCCUGAAGUCUACCCCAAAGCCAUCACCGAUCAAAAGCUUCAGGAAGGACUCAAGGGAGGAAACACCAGAAAAGGCAAAGACUGAUGCAGAAUCAACUCAUGAAAAAACUCAGAAGGUGGAGAAAAAAGAAAAGGCUCCGCUGAAAAAGGAAAAGGCAAAGGUAUCUGAGAAAGAGUCAAAAGCAAAGGCAGAGCAGACAGCUCAAAAUGAUACUCCAGAGAAAAAGAAGUCUGAAGUAAAGCCCAAAGCUGAAAAAGAAAAGAUUGUUAAAAAGGAGAGCAAAGUGUCUGUGGAAAAGAAAAAGGAGGUGAAAAAAGAAGUUGUAAAGAAAGAUGAUGCAGCCAUUAAAAAGGAUGAGAAAGUGAAGAAAGAGGAGGCAAAGAAAGUUAUCAAAAAGGAUGUAAGAAGAGACUCACCAAUGAAGGAGAAGAAGGAAGAAAAGAAAGAGCUAAAGAAAGAUGUCAAAAGGCCAACUAAAGACAUAAAAAAGACAUCUGCUCCGGGCGAAGAAAAGAGUCCGUCACCAAAGCCAAAGCCGCUGAAAAAAGACAAUGCCUCAAAGAAAGAUGCAGGAAUCCCAUCAAAGUUAAAAGACACAGGAAAGACGAAAGUGACAAAGAAGGAAACAAAGGUGGGUAGUGGUAAAGUUGCAGCUGGUGUUGCAGUUGCUGCUGCUGCUGCUGUUGCUGCUGCUGUGGAGGAUCCAGAAGCAGAAAGAUCUCUGAUGUCCACACCAGAGGACCUCACCAAGGACUUUGAGGAGCUCAAAGCUGAAGAGCUGGUGGAGGAUGAUGCAACUGUGCAAGAAAAUAAGGAAGAAGAAGCUGUGAUGAUCCACCAUGAAGAAAUAAUACAAACCAAAGAGUCACCUGAAGCACCAGAGUCUGUGGAUGAGGGAAUAACCACAACAGAGGCUGAAGGAGACAGCGGAGAGACUCCAGAAGAACCAGUUCUUAAGGGAAAACUCAAUGGCAGCAUAAUUGAGAAGUUUGAAGAUGAAGGCACUGUGAUGGAGGAGACAUCUGAGGGAGGGGAAUACGAAGAGAAGGGAGAGACAGAAGAAGUUCAUGAACCACAGAGAGUGGAGCCAGAAAAAGAUAAGAUUAGUCCCAGUGAAGAUGGACACCAAGACAGAAAUGAUGAAGUCAAACCACAAGAUACUGUUGAGGACAACGAUGAUGUGACAAAUAAAAACAUAGAAAGUCAGCAUGUGAUCGAGAAAGAAACAGAGAAACGUAAUCUGUUUGUAUCAGCUUCACCCAAAGUGUCCUCACCUGUUUCUCCGGCUGCAUCGAUCCAUGAUGAAAUGCUCCCAGUCGGCUUUGAGGGAUCAGUAGCCUCGGAUGACGAGAACAGAGAUGAACCCCCUGAAGAUUACACUGUCACCUCUGGCCACACUCAGUCCACCAUGGAGAUCUCCAGUGUGCCUACACCCAUGGAUGAGAUGUUGACUCCAAGGGACAUUAUGAGCGACGAAGCCACCAAUGAUGAGAAUGAAUCGCCUUCACAGGAUGUUGGCAGGUUUGGGACACCAACAUCUGGAGAGUUUGAUAGGAAGAGGCUGUCUCCACUUCAGGAUAUGCUCGGGUCAGAUCACUCUCAGAGUCAUGCAACAGAAGGCCACGACUACGACCACUCCGCUUCCACGAUAUCUCCCCCUUCAUCACUUGAAGAGGAUAAAGUUGGGAAGGAGUUUCCCUCUGCAGAGAGACCUGAAGGGUUUGCCACAGACCCCACCAGACUCAGUUCAACCUCCACAACAUCACCACUUAUACGUUCUCCGUCAGUGGACCGCAAGGACAAGUUUGAUUCUCCAUCAUUGUUUGCUGCUCCAAUAGAACUGUCCACAACACUGGCAGGGUGCCCAAAAGCAACAGCUGAUUCCUCGAUCAGCCCAGAUGACAAGACAUUAGAAGGAGGUACCUCACCUCAGUCCUCUGGUCACACACCUUACUAUCAGUCACCAGUAGAUGAAAAAGCAGGAAUUCUACCCCCUGUGUCAGAAGACAAAGCGCAGGGUCCAAUAAUUGUGGAGGUCACAAGUGAUAAGGAGGAUUUCUCCAAUAGAGUUACUCCAGAGCCUUACGAGCCAGAACCAGAAAGUUCCUCUCCUUUGGAGAAGGAAAUGUCCUCUCCAAAAACUCCACCUCUAACUGAUUCCCCAACAAAGACAGAAAAGUCACCGUUUGAUAUUGAUCAUAAGAAAACCGAAGAAAAUGGCCAUUCAGUCUUGUCCUCAGCGCCAACAACCAAGCAUGAAUUAGACAGUAACCCUUUCACAGCUUUCAAAGAGGAAAGCAAAAUGUCCAUUUCAGAGGGUACCACAUCAGACAAAUCAGGAACCCCUCUUGAGGAAGUGGUAGCAGAAGAUACAUUCUCACAUUUAGCUUCAGCAUCUACUGCUUCUCUGGCCACCAGCUCCUUACCAGAACCAACCACUGACUCUCCUUCACUUCAUGCUGAGGUAGGCUCUCCUCACUCAACAGAAGUCGAUGACUCUUUGUCUGUCUCUGUGGUUCAGACCCCAACCACUUUCCAUGAGGCAGAGGGAUCUCCUUCCAAGGAAGACAGCCCAAGGCCAAUGUCUAUCUCCCCAGACACUUCACCAAAGUCUAAAAGCCGAACACAGAUGCAGGACUCGAAAUCCCCAGAGCACUCCACCAUGUCACUGGAGUUUGGCCAGGAGUCCCCUGACCACUCCUUAGCCCUGGACUUUAGUAGGCAAUCCCCAGACCACCCAUCUCUGGGAAGCAGCUCACGUGCCACAGAGAAUGGCCCGACUGAGGUUGACUACAGCCCCUCAGAUGGAAAAAGAUCUGAUGAACAAAACUCUACAACGGAUAAGCCCUUUAUUUUUGAUGAGAGUGACUCAGUCCUUGCUGCAUCUGCAACCCCAUCAGAUGCAUCCCAGUCCACUCCCUCUGUUACAACCCCAUGCCAAAUGACAGAGUUGCCACAAGCCGGGGCUGAGCAGACGGAAAAGUCUCCAGUUACCCCCAAGGCAUCAUCUUUAUCCCACUCGCCCCAUUUCAAUGAGCCAUCCCCAGUGCUAGACAGUCCUCCAGCUAAAGACAGCAUCAGCCCACAUUCACCAUCUGCAGACAGCAUUUCUAAUAAAUCUGACACACAGCAGAAAUAUGACAAAUCACCCUCACCUCCAAAGGCUGCUUCACCAUCAUCGUCUUUUACCAUUCCAAAAGAGGAGACCUUUUCCCCAUUAAAGGAGACUAAUCCCUUUAAAUGUGAGGAUUCUACACCUGAGGCAAAAUCCCCUGUGAGCCCGAAAGUUCCCUUUCCAUCAUAUCUACCUCUCUCUUCUGAUCAGUGUAAUUACAACUCUGCCUGUGGCUCCAGGGACCCAGACUCCACUAAGAGGAGCCCCUCUGUUCCAUCCAAGACAGAUGUCGACCUCUGCCUAGUCACCGCAUGCGAGUACCGUCACCCCAAGACAGAGCUAUCCCCAUCUUUCAUCAACCCUAGCCCUCUGGAAUACUUCAUUAGUGAAGAAAAUGCCUUGAAUGAGGAGAAACCUCUUGCUAAGUCAGGAGGAGGACCCCCACCCCCAGGAGGUAAGCUUUCUGCCAAGCAAUGUGAGGAGACCCCACCCACAUCCAUCAGUGAAUCUGCCCCCUCCCAGACAGACUCAGAUGUUCCACCUGGCACAGAGGAGUGCCCCUCUAUUACAGCAGAUGCCAACAUUGACUCUGAAGACGAUUCUGAGACUCUCCCUACUGACAGAACCCUGACAUACAGGCAUGCUGAUCCUCCCCCGGUUGCACUCAGGGACUCUGCUCCAUCCUCAGGCCACCAUGAUGUCUGCAUGGUGGACCCAGAGGCCCUCAAGGCUGAGGAAAACCUCCACAAUGCCAAUACAGAUGGAGAAAAGGCCAAGAAGAAAAAGCUUGUGAAAAAGUCUUCCUCACCAGCCAGGAAGACUGGUCUGUCAAAACUGAAGGACUCAAAGACUGCCUCUCCAAAGAAAACUAUCGGAGAAGGGAAAGAUGCCAAAAAUGCAACCAAUACCUCUGCAUCCAGGGGUGUAAAAAGUGCCACAUCAGGUACUGGCAGUGGAAAAGUAUCAGGCGGGGCAUCUUUGCCGAACUGUCCUCCCAUGUACAUGGAUUUGGUUUAUAUCCCAAAUCACUGCAGUGCCAAGAAUGUAGAUGCUGAGUUCUUUAAGCGGGUGCGCUCCUCCUACUACGUGGUCAGUGGCAAUGAUAUGACAGCUCAAGAGCCCAGUCGGGCUGUUCUCGAUGCUCUGCUGGAAGGAAAGGCCCAGUGGGGCAACAACAUGCAGGUCACUCUGAUUCCAACCCACGACACAGAUGUGAUGAGGGAGUGGUACCAGGAGACCCACGACAAGCAGCAGGAGCUCAACAUCAUGGUCCUGGCCAGCAGCAGCACUGUUGUUAUGCAGGAUGAGUCCUUCCCAGCUUGUAAGAUUGAGAUGUAGGCCUGUUCAGCAAGAGGUGAUGAGGCCUAAUGACUGAUAAUGGGAGGGUUCAUUAUGUGAGCAAGAUCACAAAUUCACGUAGCAUAAAACCUAAGCAGACACUUAAACACUUAUAUGUUAAAUGAUAAUUCUUGUGUACUAAACCUUAAAAAAAUCUGCAACGAGGACUACAAAUUAGCUUUGUGGGGCAAAGGACAAUGUUCUAGAUUUAAAGUAAAACACCUUGACACCCUCAAGGUGUUUUCUGAUUUGGGGUGUAAGUGGACUGCAACUGGAAGGAAAUCAGAAACCAAAAAACAGCCAAGCCAUUAUUGUCCAAUUAACUUAAGUGCAGAUCAAAUAAUGUUGUUGCUGAUGUAUUGAGUUUCUUCUGCAUCCCCAGAUCAAAAUGCAUGAGAACUUUUAAUCAACUUAACUACUGUCAAGGAACAAACCUUCCCUGCAUAUGAUAUAUUCAUGAAUAACGGUUGUUAUCCACACCAAAGGUUUGAACAAGAUGUUUUCUGUUAUUGCCUUAGGGGGUCUAAAUGAAUGUAAAAGAACUGAUGCACCUAGCAGAUGAGUGGGCAGGUAACCCUACACAUCGGAAGGUCUGUCCUAAGGAGGACUGUUAAAUGGUUACAAGAGUUGAAUGAUGGCAAAUAUAAAUAAACUUGAAAGGAUGCUCAACAUUAAUUAGCAUUAACAUAAUGUCUGACUUCAUAUUCAUCACGGGCAAGACCAAGAGCCCCAGCCAUUGUGAAACUGAUCCUGGAUUUUAUUUAAUUUUAUUUAAAUGGGUGUGUUGGGUAUUUUCAAUCUGGUUUUAUGUUGCUGCUGAUGUGUGAAUAUUUAUUUGUUAUGUUACAUUUAAUUUAUUCUGCUUGAUUGUCCAGAUAGCCUUUUACAUAAAGCAACAGGAAGUUGCCUCAGAAUGUUCUGUGAAAUCAUUUCCCAUCAACAAUGUUGACGCUACAGAUCUUAAGUUAUUUCGAAAGGAGAAAAAAACAGAUCUUAUUUCUUAUACCUGUUUUUUAUGUAAUCAUUGUGCUAUGGGGAAGCUAGACUUUUCCCAGUGUAAAGCUGGCGAGGCAGGAUAUUUUCAUAAUCCUUAAAAUGUCUUGUUUUUCUAAAGCAUUGUAUUAUAAUUAUAAAUAACUUUGUGGCCGAUGGAGUGGGUGGAAGCUGUGCAUGAGUUAUUAUACUUUUAAUUUUUCUUUCUUUUUCUUAAGGGUGUUUUGCUCAGACUUGCAUUAAGAACAACAGGGCUAAAUAAAGGAGCAUUUUAUGUUUUUUUUUUGCAAGUUGUGCCAUGCCAUUGUACACUACAGUAACUCCAGCGAUUUGCAAUGGCACUGUAUCGAUAUGAGACUUGAUCGUGGGUGCAGCACAGUGUAGAUUUUUCAGGUUGACGUGAGCAUUUUGGGAGGCUGAACGUUUCGUGCGACGAAAGAGUUUCUACUCUGGAGCCAGGAUGAAAUAGAUAAAAACAGCUUCCAGUAGCGGCAUAGUCUUGAGAGAGGCAGCACACAGAGGUGAGAGUGAGUGGCUUGUGUGUUUUAGAUGAAAGUAUGUAAAACAAAAAAACUCGACACUUUAAACACAAACAUGACACAAACCAAGCGAACAGUACAGAGAGCCACAGGUCUAAACACCGACAGGCCAGCUUCUGGAGAAACAUUCAACAACACACAACUAGAUGAUUACAGGCUUUGGUACUUGGGGCUAUUCUUCACUUGAUUCACCGAGCUCACCAGAUACUUUCUGAAUGAUGUCAGGUGUUCAUGCUAUCACUACAGACCAGUUUUCCUGCAUUGGGGGAACCUCAAAACCAACAACCACAACAAGCCUACAAACUCUGAACGGACAUUUCUCUUGAACCGACAUUUCUCUUUUCUCUGUCUUCUUUCUCUACACUCCCUCUACUUCUCUCUCUUUCUAUUUAUCUCUGCCUUUUUCUCCUUAUCUUUCUCUCGGGAGAACUUUAAUAAUGUUUGUCUGCAGCCGUGUGGUAUAUUUGUCUUGUGAUCUCUUGCAUCCUCUCUGCUCCCCUUUCCCCAGACUCAUAUGUAACCUAUAGCAAUUAGUUUCAAGUGAAAGUAUUCCUUAGUGCUUUCUGAUGUUUGUGUGCAAUAUUUCCUCUAAACAUAUGGCGAAUCUCAUGUAAGAAGAGGAACCACUACUAAAGAACAAACACAAAAACGACCACAAUAAAAAUCUAUUGUGAAAAAUAA